AUGGACUUCAGAGAAAUUCUCCUGAUAGCUUCCAAGGGACAAGGUGUCAACAAUGUGCCAAAAAGGUAUAGUUUGGCAGUGGGGCCUCCAAAAAAAGACCCAAAAGUUAAAGGUGUCCAAUCAGCAGCUGUACAGACUUUUCUUAAAUGGAAAGAAGAGGAACUCAGACAAAAAGCCUUAGAGGAGAAGAGGAGAAAAGAACUAGUGAAAAAGCGAAUUGAGCUCAAACAUGACAAGAAAGCAAGAGCUAUGGCCAAGAGGACAAAGGAUAAUUUCCAUGGUUACGAUGGGAUCCUUACUGAGGAAAAGUCAAAGAAGAGGCAGGAUGGAACUGACCAAGAGUAUGAAAUGGAAGAAGAGAAUGAAUUCCUUGAAUACAAUCAUGCAGAGUCAGAGCAGGAGUAUGAGGAAGAGCAAGAACCUCCCAAAGUUGAAAGCAAACCAAAGGUCCCCCUUAAAAGUGCCCCACCACCCAUGAACUUCACUGAUUUACUCAGACUGGCUGAGAAAAAGCAGUUUGAACCAGUGGACAUCAAGGUAGUGAAGAAAUCAGAAAAGCGACCUAUGACUGCAGAAGAACCUGGGGAGGGAGAAUUCCUUGAACGAAAGCGUAGGAGAAAAAAACUUGAGACAGAUGCUAAACUACCUCCAACUGUGUCCAAAAAGACACCCUCUCAGAGUGUGGGCACAAAACUUAGCAAAGCUUCUGGAGACAGGCAUCCUUCUUCCAAAGGAAUGCCCCUUCCUCAUGCUGAGAAGAAAUCAAGACCCAUGAUGGCCAAUGAGAAGCACUUAGCUUUGUCUUCAUCCAAAUCCAUGCCAGGAGAGAGGAUCAAGACAGGAUCUGGCAAUAGCUCCCAACCCUUACUUCGUGAGGGUCAUGACAGACCUGUUUUCAAUGGAGCUGGAAAGCCUCCUUCCAGCACCUGUUCACCAAGUAUUCCAAAGACUUCUGCUAGCAGGACUCAGAAAUCUGCUAUGGAGCACAAAGCCAAAAAAUCUCCAUCCAAUCCUAGCCAUUCCAGGCCUGGGUCCAUGGUCACCCCACACGAUAAGGCUAAGAGUCCAGGUGUCAAGCAGCUAGGCAGCAGCUCUAGCUCAGCCCCUGGGCAGCCCAGCACAGGAGUUGCUCGGCCCACAAUUAGUUCUGGCGCUGUGCCCAGGCGCCAGAAUGGCAGCCCCAGCUCAGGACCUGAGCGAUCAAUCAGUGGGUCCAAGAAGCCAACCAAUGGCUCACAUCCCUCUGGGCGGACAGUCACUGGUACAUGUGGCCCUGGACAACCUGCAAGCAGCUCAAGUGGCCCUGGGCGACCUAUCAGUGGUUCAGGUAGUUCUGCAAGACUGUUGGGCAGCUCUCUUGGCCCUGGGCGGCCUACGAGCAGUCCACAUGAACUUCGACAACCAGUGAGUGGCUCAGGCUCAGUUGGUGGCCUGGGGAGAUCCAUAAGUAGCUCAAUUCCAGUUGGGCAGACUGUCAGUAGUUCAGUCCCAGGAAGACCAGUGAGUAGCUUGGGACCUGGGCAAACAGUUAGUAGCUCAGGUCCCACCAUAAAGCCUAAGUGUACUGUUGUCUCAGAAACAAUUUCUUCCAAGAAUAUCAUUAGCCAGUCCAGCAAUGGACAGAUGAAUGGAAUGAAGUCACCCCUAUAUGGCUACAGAUCUGCCCAAGGUCCUCAAAGGCUUCCCUUCCCUACUGGUUACAAAAGGCAGCGAGAUUAUGAAGAGGAGGAUGACGAUGAUGAUGAAUAUGACUCUGAAAUGGAAGAUUUUAUCGAAGAUAAAGGAGAGCCUCAGGAAAAAAUAUCCAAGCACAUUAGAGAAAUCUUUGGUUAUGACCAAAAAAAAUACAAAGAUGAAAGUGAUUAUGCCUUACGUUACAUGGAAAGUAGUUGGAAAGAGCAGCAGAAGGAAGAAGCAAAGAACUUAAGACUAGGUAUGCAAGAGGACUUAGAGGAAAUGAGACGUGAAGAAGAAGAAAUGCAACGUCGAAGGGCCAAGAAGCUGAAGAGGCGUUAGCAGCUGCUUUUAUUUUUGUGAAAUUCUCUGCUGCAAGGAUUUCCUGCCUUCAGACUGAAGCCUCCUUAUCAUUUAGAUUUAUACUUGGGUACUCAAGGAGAAGGAAUGCAUACUGUCAUUUGAGCAUAAAAUAUUUUCAGAUAUUUUCCAGGGUGAAAUCUGUAAUGCAGAUGAUAUAAUGCCCACUUGUGCUCUUAUGAAGUUAACUGUUCAGAGAUGCCAGCCUUGAUCCUGAUGAGCUAUGUACUCUAAUGUGGGGCCACUCACCAGUCAGCCAAUCUUUUAUUGUUCCUUUGCUACUUUGAAAGGAAAAAAAAAAGGUUGUCUCUUGACUUCUGUUAUUCUUCUGCUAAUCUGUGAGUAGGGUACUGCCCUGCUCCCAAUCAAACUUAGUCUUUUUAUGAGAAACCUGGACCUUCCAUGAAUGUUGCCAGCAAUAAAGUGACUUGUCCUAAUCUAUGGAUUGAGAACUUGAAAAUGUAGAGUAGGAUUUAUAACUAACUUAUGGAUGUCAUCCUGUGACUUUGAAGUACAAAGUAGAAUAAAUUAUAUUCUGUAUUAUUCAUGGAUUGGA